UCACCAAGCUGUCUCUCAGUCCCUUCCUGCUGCAUCACAACAGCCGUUAGUAGCUCGAGUAGCACUAGUGACCGGGGGGACAGGAUAUCCACAGCUAAUUCAUUGAUAAAAUAACUCUAUUGACUUUGCAGCAUUCAGCUACAUCCUAACACGGGGGUAACCGACAGAAACUGGUUGCAGUGCGAUAACCCCGCUCCAGCUGUUGGGAUAUGGCCAGGCCGGAACAGGUUCUGCUCUUGGAGCCCCAGCACGAACUGAAAUUCCGAGGUCCAUUCUCAGACGUGGUCACCACAAAUCUCAAGCUCUCUAACCCUACAGACAGGAAUGUGUGUUUCAAGGUGAAGACGACGGCGCCGCGCAGAUACUGUGUGCGGCCAAACAGUGGAAUCAUCGAUGCAGGCACCUCAAUCAACGUCUCGGUUAUGCUGCAGCCUUUUGACUAUGAUCCCAAUGAGAAGAGCAAACACAAGUUCAUGGUCCAGUCCAUGUUAGCACCUCCUGACAUGACUGACAUGGAGGGAGUGUGGAAGGAAGCUAAACCAGAAGAGCUAAUGGACUCAAAGCUGAGGUGUGUCUUUGAGAUGCCAGUGGAGAACGAGAAAACGCAUGACAUGGAGUCCAACAAGAUGAUGUCGUCUAGCUUGCUGAAGUCAGAUUCCUCUGCACUGCCUCCAAAGUCAAUGAGCUCCACCCUUGAUGAUGGGGAGGUAAAGAAGAUCAUGGAAGAGUGUAAGAGGCUGCAAAUGGAGGCUCAAAGGCUACGGGAAGAAAACAAACAAAUCAGAGAGGAUGAUGGCCUGCGGAUGAGGAAGAGUAACAUGAUGUCAUCUCAGCACUCCUCGGUUGGCAUAAAGAAAGAGGAGGGGCUGAGUGCCCGCACGGUGGCCCUCAUCGUGCUCUUCUUUGUGGUGGGCGUCAUUGUGGGCAAGUUGGUCUUGUAGAUGGCAGCGAAGUUUGGUCAGCCGCAGCAUGCUUUCAGGGGGAUGAAAACAAACACAAGAUCUGGGAUUUUGGAUCAGAAAUGCCAUAUCCGCUGGGUGGGGGGGUGGUACUAGUUUUGAUUCAGUCUCAUUUAUGUAAAAAAAAAAAAAAAAUCUGAAGUAAUGUUGGAUGAAAAAAAGAAGAAAAAAGGAUUCAUCAUCUUAUGAACAAAUCUACUGUUACAGGUCUUGAUUCUAUGUAAUCGUCACAUAAUCAUUCUGGCCCUCUUCCCAAAGUUUUAUGUAUACAGAUGACUGGUCCUGUGGUGGGGGGGUAAUGGAAACAUGAUUUAAUGCUAAUGAUUCAGACUAAUGGAUUUUCUAACACUGGCGAGGUAGUGUUGGUGCGAUUGAGUCAGUUCGCAGUUGUGUGAAUGUCAUUUAAGGGUAUUGUUGUUGUUUUUGGGUUUUUUUUUCUCUCUAAAUGACAGAGGCCAGAGCCUAUGUAUAUGUAUGCUUAACCCCCCCACUGUACAGUAUAUCCAGGUGUUCCUUCCGGCUAAACCCCCUUUAAGGAAGGGAUUAACCAGAGAGAUGAUCCAACCAGGCGGGGCUACACACAGGGCUAUCAAACUGACUUCUCCAGUCAUUGGCUUUGUAAAAUCGUCUUGUCUUUGAUUGUAGAGAAACUUUGACAAGUCUAUGAAACACUAUACACUAGGUAUUUUCUUUCCUUGUGUCCUUUUUAUUUUAUCUCUACCUUACUCCAGUCACUCAGUGCUUACCACAUCCCCAGUUGUCAGAGGGGGGUGUUUGAUUGCAUGCGUUCACACGGGGUGUUGCAUCUGGACUUCUGAAUCUAAUUGCUUUUAUAAUGGUGAUAAUAAUAUGUAAUUUGGCUGUAGGUUUGCACAACUACAUUUUCUUUUUUUUCUUUUGGUGUUUUUGUUGCAUUUUUAUGAUUUAAGUUUUUUUUUUUUUUGUUUUUGUUUUUGUUUUUGUUUUUAGGGUUAAAGCAUUUAAGGAUCUUGCAGCUACCAGAAAUGAGCUCCAGAUUUGUAGGAUUAGAUCAUUUCUGUAAAUGCUCUCCCGAUGAAAGUCUUGCCUUGUGACCUGUUUGGGCAAGUUAUUCUCAGGCCAAGAUGGAGGUAUAUAUACAGUACAAUAACAUAUAUAUAUAUAUAUACUUAUAUAUAUAUAUAUAUAUAUAUAUAUACAUAUGCAUGCAUACAUGAAGUGAGAAACCACAAAUGGGUAGAAGGUGCAAGUAGGAGUAACUGGUUAUGUGUCUCCUUGACAACAUCAAUGACACCACGGCCCUGUUACAGCAUCGUAACGUAACAAAGGGUCCUUGGUCUUCUCUUGUUCUUUUUUGUUUUCUCAUAUUUUCCUAUUAAGCCAUACAUUUGCUGACUUUCUGUGUUGUUUGGGGCAAAUGUAUGUGAGAGAUCAACUGAGUGUUUUAGGCUCCCUGCUCUCCACUGCUGGUGAUGUUGCUGCUUUCCUUUUUUUCACUCCACUGCAGGCCUGUGUUAAAUUUUUGGUGUUAGUCAGGCAUUUAUAUAUUGCUUAUUAAUGUAAUAUCCUCAUUUGAAGUUGUGUCCAUUUUUAAUGCACUAAGAUUAAGAGUGUCUCUCCUUUGAUCUUCCUGCGGCUUAAAGUUAAGUUUUUUCUCAAGCAAAAGGAGGGAAGCAUAGAGCCUAAUUUAUAGCCUUGAGGGGACCACUUGAUGACGUUGUACUGUUUCAGAGCCAAUGGUUGGUUUUUUUUGGUUUUUUUUUUUGGUUUUUUUUUUGUCAGAAAUAAAUAAACAAAAAACAUACUCACAAAUUGUGUGUCACAAACAGCAGUGGAGAGCAUCAUUCUGCCUAUUUGAUGAAUAAAGCCGGUCAUAUUUCUUUCCCAGUGUAUUCACAUUAGAUGAGUAAGCAGGAGUAUAUUCCUCUUUGCUAAGCUGAAAGAAAAAAAAAACUAAUUACCACCACCUUUUCAUGUUACUAGAGUGAAAGAUGAUAGAUCUGACUGGUGCAGAAGAGAUUAAAACAAAUAUGAGUUUGUGUUUCAACUGUAUCUCUGUAAAGUUGUUGGGUUGAGGAUGACUUGCUGCUUAGAGGGAGGGCAGAGUAGACCUGAGCUACAGUCCCAUCUUGGGUUAUGCGACCUGGGUCACAAAGUACUUGCAUAAAAUUCUUCUUGUUCAGUGAAUCCUGGUUGGAGUAUCAGAACCGUUUACACAAGGAAUAUAUUUCAAAGUACCAGAAAACUGUUAUAUGUCUAUAUGAAGAAUUAAUCCCUGCGUACCCCACCAGUGUGGUACUCCAAGCAGGAUUAAACAAAGAACAAUAAUAACAUGCAUAGACCCAGGUCCAGGACCAGUUGUAAAACACACUACACACUGACCUGUUCUGGAGUCUCUGACCAUCACAGUGAUCAAUGUAAUUAGUUGGAAAACUGUUUUGUAUGUAUAUAAAUAAAUAAAUAAGUCUAUCCAAAAUGAAGAUUAAUAUUCCUAGUCAAGUAGUCUCUCUGGUGUAUAAAACCAACCCACCUCGGUUGGACUAUGUAGCAUCUUAAUAAAUUAAUGAAUAAAGCCCCUACCCAAC